AUGCCCGCGCGCCGGCGUCCACCAGCGGGGUCGCGCACCGAACUCCCUCCGCUGAAGAUCCUCCGCAAGAUCCUCUUGCUACAGCUCGCAUACUAUGCCUGCGCCACGGUGCUCAUCUUAUUCACGACUGUUGUCUAUGGCACUCCAUUCUCGCUAGAUCUGGUCUUUGGAUGGGACUCGCUGCGCGGCGAUACGACCAUUGGAUGGAUGUUGGGAUUGGUGUGGUUGUUGAAUUGCUUUGUUAGGCUAACUAUAAUCUCCUCUCGGGGGAUAUUCAGCGUCAUAUUCCUACUUAUUUUUGUAUCCCGCUCAAAGCUGGUCCCGGAUUUUGCUCUGACGAUUCACUUCCUCCACCUCAUCGCCACUACUUUAUACUCCCACUCCGUCCCUGCAAACCUGCUCUGGUGGGGACUUCAAUUCGCCAGUGCGGCUAUGAUGACUUUCCUUGGAAUAUGGGUGUGUCAAAGACGGGAGCUGGAGCCUAUCAAAUUUGGUGGACACGGUGGCAGCACCCAAGCUGGCCCGUCGUCACAAGCAUCUGACGGCGAUGGCCAGCAGGAGUCGAGCUUUGGCCGUGGCCGCGGUCGAGAACGCAGCUUGCAGGAAUAUGAAUUGGAUGAUAUGAAGCACACGGGCGAGCAUGCUGUAUGA